CACUCCCCUCCAUAAUCCAUUUCACUCGCCCUGGAAAACCGGCACGCAAGCCCUCCUUCGUUCGUUAUCAGACCUCCAUGCGAACGUUUGGAGCGAUACGAAAUCAACGGUCGUCUAGAAGAAGUCUAAUCCGCCGGAACCGAGAGGAGUCGAGGGACCUGUAUCAUUCACCCACUUCCCACCAACAAGUCCUCACUCGCCCUCUCUUCGACGCUCUCGUAUCGCUGGUUCUCACUCCCUCUUUACCGUACCACGUUCCUUUCUCCGAUCGGCUCUGCAGCCAUACCACGGCACGGACUCGGCAAUUCUUGGACCACGACUGUGAUUGAGAAGACGAGGAACAUGGACGCGACCGGAUAUUUUCUGGCGUAGUACCGCUGGUUGCUUGUGACGGCGCGAAACGAACAAACUCGCGGAUUGCUGGACUCUAGGGCCUCUGCCAUUUCUCGACGACGGACUAUUCGCUCAGUUCUUUUUAAGAUCCUCUUCUCUUCUCUCCUCUCCACUCCUUCCACCACAACACCCGAACAAUGUCUCCAACUUCAACACCCAGCAUGGACUCCACAACACCCUGCCACGGCACCAGAACCC